AUGCAAAGCAUUGAUUUUACUCUCCAUUCAGACGUCUCUCCCAAAAAAUCAGUCUCCUUCGCUUUGACUAUUGAAUUCAUCGAGUACCGAAAAUACUCGCCUCCUAAACGUGCUGGCUUCUUCAACAACAGAACCAAAAAUCUGAAUUCUAAGAUCUCCUUGCCAAAACGCCUUUUCUGGAGAAACCAGAAAAUUGGACAGUCUGAGAUGAAGGCGUGCCACGGAUGCUACAUCUGUGAGGUGAAAAUUGAUGAGCGCCCAUUGCAAGUUGAGACUUGCCAAAACACGGGAUUUGCAUCUGAAGCGCGCAACAAAAUCUCGUCCAUGUUCCGCCGGGUCCGCAAGCUGUCUUCUCGCAUUUUCUUCACCUGA